AUGGCCACACCUCAAAUCUUCUCCUCUUUCAAGUACUCCAACAGCCUCACCAUCAUGGCCAUUUCGUUCUGCACUGCCAUAGUCUGCGAGGCUAUCUCCUGGCUCCUCAUCUUUCGCACCAACUCCUACAAGUCCCUCUGUUUCUCAAUUGACAAGGCUGCCAAGAAGCUAGAGAUUAUGAAAACCGAAUCCUCCGCCAAGAUCGCCAAGAAAUCUAAGAUCAAAAAGAUGGAUCGCGUCGAGACCAAUCUCAAGGAGUCGAGCCACGACCUCUCCCUCUUCAAGUUCAAGUCCAGCAUCGUCAUUGCCCUUGUCGUCUUCGUCGUCUUCAGUCUUCUUAACUCACUCUUCUUAGGGUUUUCACCACCACGUGGCACCAGCUCCAACCUCUUCCCCAUGCCAGAUCCAAAAACCAAUUGA